AGCAAGUUAGUUGUUUGUGCGAGUAUUCGUCAUGUUUUCCUUGCGCAGAUUUGGAAAGUGAGGCCCUGCAGCCUGAGCCGGGCACCCGUAUCGCUCACCUGACGCCAUGGCUCUUGAGCGAAGUGUUGGCCAAUCUGGACCCGCAAUCACAGAUGCAGGCCAAACGGGUGUGCGCUCUGUGGCAGUUGCUGCUGAGCAGUCCGCGCAUGACGGACCACAUCAGCAUCCACGUGGACGCCUGCUGGCGGCUGCAGGCGGACAUCAGCAACUGCUUCAAACUGGCAGUGCUGCUCAACCGCUCAAUUAAUUCCUCCACAAUCAGCCUCACCUUCUCCGGCGCCUUCCUUCCGGCGUAUGGGAUGUUUAUAGGACAACUGCUGGAAUUCAUGGAUAUCCGGCUUCCGCUGAUCGUCUUCAAAGGCCAGAUUAUUUGCCAGCCGAAGAGUUUGGCGGGACAGAAGGAGCACCGGCUGAAGCACCCGGCCAUCUGGGUGCCAACAGAGUGCAAGUACGGGUCGUUGGUGUUUCCACGCUGAGCAAACUGGCCAUCUACGGCAUCAACGAAGUGUUCGCUGUGUGAGACCAGCAGCACGUCCUUUGUCGACCAUCACGCUCUGCUGUGGAUAAAAUUUUCUGCCGUAUUUAAAAACUGAAUCUUAGCGCGGAAUACUUCUAGCACGAACAAUGUUAAACUGCUACUAUGAGUGUAACCCCAUGUCUCCAUAUCUGUGAAAACAU